AAAACGCGCUGUCAUAUGACGUGCUAUUGCUAUGACGCAUACUUCAAUUGAAAUCGAAAACUGAAUUAUUUGCGCUGUAGGCGUUCCCAGUGUGUAAUUUUAAGUGUAAAGUAAAUCCCUAAUAGUCGUUGUACAGUCGUGUUUUAUCGUUUCCGUUGCGCACUGCCGAUAAAAACUAAGAAAAGCAUGGCCAGCCCACCCAUCUACAACCCCGUGAUACCGUGCGUGCACCCGAUCCCCGGGGGGAUGUUCCCGGGCCGCAUGAUGCGGUUCCAGGGCAACGUGCCGCCCGGCGCUCAAAGGUUCGCCAUAAACCUGCAAUGCGGCCCCAACACGGACCCGCGCGACGACAUCGCGCUGCACCUCAACUUCCGCUUCGUGGAGCAGUGCGUGGUGCGCAACCACCUGACGGCCAUGUCGUGGGGCAUGGAGGAGACCAGCGGCGGGAUGCCGCUGAGUCAGGGAGGCAACUUCGAGGCGCUGCUGCUGUGCGAACCGCAAUCCAUUAAGGUGGCGCUGAACGGGUUACACUUCUGCGAGUUUCCGCACCGCAUCCCCUUCCAACGGAUAACACACUUCACGAUCGACGGCGACGUGAUGGUGCAGCUCGUCGCGUUCGAGGGGGCGCAGCCGCCGCAACAGGUCUACAUGGCGCAGAGUCCACCGGCGUACGGGUCGUACGGCGCUCCUCCGCCGGCCUACGGCGCUGCCGGCUACGGCGGGCCUCCGCAGGGUACACCGCCGGUGAUGUACGACUCUUACGCGCCAGUGCAGCAGCAGCGCAGCGGUAUUAGUACCGGCGCGGCGGUGGGGGUCGGCGUCGCUGGGCUGGCUGCUGGUGGGCUCGCUGGCUACGCUCUCGGCGGAGGGUUCAGUAGCGACAGUCCACCGAGAGAGGAGGUAUCAGUCGCCGAAUUCGGAGGUGGCGACGAUUGGAUGGAAUAAAUACAAAACACACCU